AUGGAAAUGCAUUCUUCUCUUCAGCUUCAUAGAAUCAAUCCUAUUAGUGAUACCGCCACCUGCGCCACCGUGAAAUUCCAUCAUGAACAAGCGACACCCACAUGGGUCAUCCCGGUGUCCAGCGAAAUUUAUGUACCGGAUAUCGUGUUGCACCACCACACGCACGCGGUGGCGCCCAACCAGUGCUCUUCCUCGGUGGUGCAAGCUAUAGAUGCGCCGGUUGCAACAGUGUGGUCCGUCGUCCGCCGGUUCGACAAACCGCAUGCGUACAAGCACUUCCUCAAGAGCUGUCACGUGAUGGGCGACGGCAACGUGGGGACCCUCCGGGAGGUGCUCGUUGUAUCUGGUUUACCGGCGGCGUCAAGUACUGAAAGGCUCGAAAUCUUGGAUGAUGAGAAACAUGUGAUGAGUUUCAGCGUUGUGGGCGGCGAUCAUAGGCUGCAUAAUUACCGGUCUGUCACUACUCUACAUGCAACGCCGCCACCCAGUGGUGGCGCUGGGAAUCACGGCACCGUGGUCGUGGAGUCAUACGCUGUUGAUAUACCACAAGGCAACACAAAUGAGGAAACUUGCGCAUUUGUUGAUACAAUUGUGAGGUGCAAUUUGCAGUCGCUGGCUCAGAUCGCAGAAAGUUUGGCAAAAGAUAGCAAUAAAUCAUCUUAA